ACGUCCUUCACUUCGACCUCUGUUGUCGCACAUCCCCUUACAGCCAUCGCUUCUUCCAAAUUGAUUGUCUACACCUUAAACAUCCUAUCCUCUGUCGCUCUCACCAUUUAUUGAGUUGCGACGCGUACCUCCUCACACCUGCGCGGCCUUCAAGCCUCGCUUAUCUCAAUUCUUUCGUAUUCUCCAUCUACGCGAACAGCACGCUUGUCGCCCCUGUUCACGCUCUUCUAAUCUUCAUUGUUGGUGAAUCUCAAGAUGACGGAACCAGACGAAGUUGAGGAAGAUCUCUUCGCCGAUCUUUACGAUGGUGAUGAAAAUGCUGCCUCCGCUGCUGGUGCAGCUGCAGUCCCUUCUCAGCCUGCUGCAAUUGACACUCCGAUGAAACAGAACGAUGCUCCAGGUUAUGGCGAAGAACCUGAAAUUGCCUAUGACCCCUCCUUCGACGCUGACAAUUCGGCUUUCGAAGAGCCUCCGUCUAGCUUCAAGCAGGAGCCACAAGAACAGGAAAAACCAGAGAUAUCGCAGGAGCAAAAGUACAAUGUCACUCUUAAGGAGGAUGGAAAAAUGUUUAUCGGUGGCCUCAACUGGGAGACAACUGAUCAAUCCCUUCAUGAUUACUUCUCCCAGUUUGGCGAAGUUCAGGAAUGUACUGUCAUGCGAGACAGCGCUACCGGCCGUUCGCGAGGCUUUGGCUUCUUGACGUUCAAAGACCCUAAAACCGUUAACACCGUCAUGGUCAAAGAACACUUCCUAGAUGGAAAAAUUAUCGAUCCCAAGCGUGCCAUACCCCGAGACGAACAAGAGAAGACCGCCAAAAUCUUCGUAGGUGGAGUGAGCCAGGAUGCCACCGAAGAGGACUUUGAGAGUUUCUUCGCGCAAUUUGGAAGAGUCGUCGAUGCCACUCUCAUGAUGGACAAGGAUACCGGUCGCCCCCGAGGCUUUGGAUUUGUCACUUUCGAUAGCGAUGCUGCGGUCGAGAAGUGUCUUGAACAUCAGCCUUUGGAAAUACUCGGCAAACCCAUCGAGGUCAAGAGAGCGCAGCCUCGUGGCAAGAUGGGCGAAGAUGAUGAUUUCUCACGUCGAGGAAGAGGCAAAUUCGGACGAGACGAUCGAUUCGGUAAUGACGGUAACCAGGCAGGCCAGUCUAGCCAGGGCGCGGCUCCUAACAUGAUGGGCAACAAUUCCGGCAUGACUCCUCAGAUGAUGGCACAAUACUGGCAGCGCAUGCAGCAGUACUUUGCCAUGAUGCAACAACAGAUGGUGUCCAACAUGAUGGGUAAUAUGGGGAACAUGGGCAAUAUGGGCAUGAAUCAGAUGAACCCUCAAAUGAUGCAACAGAUGAUGCAGAUGCAAAAGAUGCAAGGUGGAAACAGUCCGAAUUCGCAGAAUGCUAAUAUGCAAGGCAUGACACCACAGAUGAUGCAACAAAUGAUGCAGAUGCAACAGCAAGGCGGCAUGAACCCUAUGCAGAUGGGAGGCAACCGACCACCGAUGGGCCCGGCUUCCAUGGGCGGCGGACAACGUGGCAGUUUCUCGGCACAAGAACAGCUGGCAUUCGAGCAGCAGAAGUAUGAGCAGCAACACAAUCGCCGACAAGGUGGAUACUCGCAAGGUCCGAGGAACCAAAAUGUCCAGGGCGGCCCCCAGUCUUGGGAAGGCAUGUACGAUGAUGUACCUCAGCCUGAUGGACGGAAUUCAACUGGACCAGUGAGAGGUCACACACCCAAGCCGCCAAAGGGUCCUGCUGGCGGAGCGGGUGGUCAACCUAGCGCCCCAGCGAAUGCUCCUACAGGCCCCAAAAACCCUGGCAACAAACCCGGUGGUGGUUUCAGAGGCGGCAGAGGUCGGUACCAUCCAUAUGGAAGAUAGCAUCAUCCUCGUGGUCCGACCAAGAGUCGUGGUUUUGUUGCAAAGAAAGUUUGACGUGUUGCGAAAAGAGUGUGGCUUAGGGGGGUGAUUUUUCAACGACACCUCGAUUAGGAGACGCUACAUACAGGUGGUGAUGCUGUGAGGUGCUGUCGCAAAGACAAAACAAGACAAUUUUCGCAUGGGUGAAAGCGGUCACAAGGUCACUGAAGAUUGUGUUGAUAGGUCAAGUGACGAGUUGAUCUCUAUUUUCUUUCUCUUGCCUUGUCGACAAACUGGACCGGGUAUGGGCAUGGGUUGGGCUGGGCAGAUCUGAGAUGAGGUUUAUCGAUGUUUUCGUCUUUAAAGGGGAUGGAGAAUUGACAACAAUCAAGUGUCUCUUUUUCGUUUUGCCACCUCGAAACUGCAGAGGUGCCUCCGGAGAUGGUUUCAGGGGUUGAGAGGUUGUAAGUGUAUGAUAGUUUUCGCCACUCGAGGGAGAGCAUAGCCGAGCAAGGGCGGUCAGCAUGAGAAAGGAGGUGACUUUGCUCUUCAAGAUCCAGAACAAACAAAGAAAACAGGAAAAAAGGCAAAUGUGACGAAUUCAAAAGGGC